GACGUGCACUCAGUCGGUGGUCGGGUUGAGAGAAUCUCCCACACAAGCCAAAUUGCUUCGUUUUCCCCCACUCCUCUCUCGCUCUUUCCAAACACGCAAACCCUCUGUUAGUUCUUCACCCCCAUCACAAUUCGCUGGAAAAUUAUUGAACUUUCCGGCGGCUUAUCGGACAUGGUUUCGCCGGAGCACACUAAUUGGCUCUUCGAUUACGGCUUGAUUGAGGACAUCUCUGUCCCUGAUCCCAAUUUCUCCGCUCCCACUUCUGGGUUUUGCUGGCCCUUGAACGCUUCUUCCAACGUCGGUUUGGAAAUUGAUGGCUCCUUUGGGGAUUCAGACAGUCGCAAGGAAACUGGCUCAAAAAAGAGGCCAAGACCCGAAUCGUGUGGAGCAUCAUCAAGUUCCAAAGCAUGCCGGGAGAAGUUGCGGAGGGAUAGGCUAAAUGACAAGUUUGUGGAAUUGGGUUCUAUCCUUGAGCCUGGGAGGCCUCCCAAAACAGACAAGGCUGCUAUUUUGGUUGAAGCUAUUCGACUGGUGAUACAGUUAAGGGGUGAUGCUCAAAAGUUGAAGGAUUCAAACUUGACUCUGCAGGAGAAGAUUAAAGAGUUGAAGGCUGAGAAGAAUGAGCUUCGUGACGAGAAGCAGAGGCUGAAGGCUGAGAAAGAGAGGCUGGAGCAACAGCUAAAGACAAUGAAUGCCCAACCCGGGUUCGUACCUCGUCCUCCUGCAAUCCCAGCUACAUAUGCCGCUCAAGGCCAACCUGCCGGCAACAAAUUGGUACCUAUCAUUAGUUACCCAGGAGUUGCCAUGUGGCAGUUCAUGCCACCUGCUUCCGUGGACACCUCACAGGAUCACGUGCUCCGUCCACCAGUUGCCUAAUUGGCAGCCCAAGCCUAAACUGGUUUGGGUACACACUGUACCUCUAGCUCUCAUUUAAUUUGUCCUCGCGCUUGACUGUAUUAGUUUUUACUGUAGUAUUUUAACUGCAUUUGGUGGUUGAUGAAUGACUUGUUAAUUUGGAACUUGCACAAGUUAUUGUUGUGUUCAUAUGUAAAUAAGUUAAUCAGGCAGCUUAUGUUUUGGUUGACUGUUCGAGGACCUUUUAUAGAAAAGGCUCUCAACAACCACAAACUUACCCGAAAAUUGUAGAAACUCAACCAACCUGAUAGUUAUAAGGUUACAAAAAACUGAUCAUAUAAAAAAUAACAAUGUUAGUGAA